AAAAGAAAAAGAAUCCAUUUUUAAAUUACAAAUAAGAAUCUUUUUCAAGAAAUGGAAAUGUGAAGCUUCCAUUUUGAAAAUAAAAGGUUGAUGUAGCUGUCGGUACAGAUUUCUAAUGAUGGCAGAAGGUUCCGAUUCCUCUAGUUUAUCUAAAGCCCUUGGUAAAAUGUUUUUAUCUGAAUCAAGCAAGAGCAACAAGUAUGUCUUGGAUUUAACAAACAACAACACCAGAUGCUUCAACUGUCGCUUUGACAUUGAAUUCAGCAAGAAUGCUCUGAUCUGCAACUGUAAAACCCACUGGUACUGCAGUCCUCAGUGCAGGGAUCUGUCAGAGCAAUGCAAAGUAGAUCAACAAAACCCCUGCAAUACGUUAGCCAGGUUUUUUGCUUGUAUCAGGUCUUCUCAUGGCAAUGCUGUUACUUUAAAGAUGAUCAAGAACUUCCUAAAUGCUAGACCAAAUAUAACCAGAAAGGAGCUGAAAAAUUUGGCCGAGUCUGGAGACUGGAAAGCCGCUCUGGUCAUUGGUUUAACAUAUGAGUUCAGGUUUAUUUGUGAAUGGGACAAAUGCGCAAUUGCACUCCGUCCUCCUUUUGUAAAGGGUAAUCCCUUCAGUAACAGGAAGGCCAUUAAAUAUUACAACAUGGCCCUGAAGCAUAAUUCUGUCGAAGCCAUGGCUGGAAUUGGAAGGAUUCAAGCUGAACAUAAGGAUCAGACCAGAGCUUCAAAAGACAACCUCUUUGCGUAUUAUAGUCUUUAUAAGAUCCCGCAGGUGGUCUAUCAUUCUAUGUUUGAGAACGAUUUCAUCAGCACAGAACUAAUUCUGAUUUACAAGAAGCAACACCAAAAUGGAAACCCUUUUGUUUUCAGGGUUCCUUCAGUUGUUGGAUUUAUAAUGUUCCGACUCAACCUCAUUGACCUCAAUAACCAGUCUUCAUUAGUAGAAGAAUGUUUCAGCAUCCAUUUGUUUAAGGAGGCAUAUUCCUUUUUAAAGAAAAAAGAGGUUACCCUUUGUUGUGUGGCCAACGAACAUAUGUUUUACAGAUUCUGUAGAUCGGUUGAAAAUAGCAUAUUUAUUCAAAAGCCUGACAGUAUACCUGAUACUUUAUCUAAGAUAGAUACUGAAAGAAGGAUGGAUGUGAAGGCUGCCGCUCUCGACCAGCAAUACUACCAUAGGUUACAUCAAGAUCAGCCAUGGUAUGUGUGUAAACAUUACGAAACCAUACCUCCGAAGAAAGAGAAAUGCAUAUAUUGUGACCCAAGUGCCUCAGUAAGGAUUAUGUGUGUGUAUAAGAAUUUGUUCCAGAUCAGCCGAGACGAAACAUACACAAAUGCCUUCUACAGUGUAAUCUAUCAUCCGGAAGACUUAAAAACCCAACACGAUUUUUUUAUGAACCUCUGUAAGCAAGAAGUAAUCAUUGCAAUCCGUGUGAUGGCCCUCCGGCCUAUGGAUCUCCAUCCUAUGCAUGUUGCUAGAGACCCCAAUAUUUACUGGCCUAUUAUACACUACUACGGGUCCGUGUAUGCUGCUUUAAAGGAAAUCCUUGAUGAGAAAACAGCUAAUGAGAUUUAUAAGAAAGCUCUUCCGCUUGAUGACGCUACCUCCAAGGAAGAAACUGCUGCUGAGGACAAGUAUGUGAUCAAGUGUGGACGGCUUGCUUGCCUUGAACUGGACUGGAAGUUUAACUUCAGGUUAUGCACCAGGUGUAGGGUUAGACGCUACUGCAGCACAGCGUGUCAAAAAGCUGAUUGGAAGCAACAUAAGGGUGAAUGUUUUCUUCGUCCCGGUCUGGAUAGCCCAGGGCAGGAUGAAGUGGACUAACAUUUGACGCUAUACUUCUUAAUUGGGGAAGAUGAAGUAUUAAAAUAAUCACAUUUUUGCUCAAUAUUUGUUUUCUCGUAUGAUCCUCCCAUUUAUGCAGAAUUCCAAUGGUUUACCAAUGAUUUUAAAGAUACGUUCCAAUUCUGUGACAUAGAUAAAAUAUAUUGAUUAGAAAAAAAUAAUUCACCAUAAUGUUACGGAUGCUUCUAUGAACAUCCAUUUAUGGGAUAUGUGAUAAAUAUAAAAUAUAGUUUUAUUUAAAAAACAAAAACAAUUUUUGUCUUCCUUUCUAAGCUUUUAAAAAAGAUUUCUAUAUCCGGGCUUUAGCUUUAUUUAUAGGGAAAAUAUUUAAAUGUGUUUAAAAUGAAAUUUGAUCUUCAAAAAACGGAAGUGACGUAAAAGUUUUAAUAACAAAAAAGCUGCAAAACAUCACACUUAUUUUUGUUUAUAAAAAUUGAACAAACUGUAUAAAUGUAUUUAUCGUUUCUAUCUCUAUACAUCUUUAUGUACAUUUUGGAAAUCUCGAAACUACUAGUUUUAGGUGUUAAAUGUUUAACUGUGACACUAGAAAAUGAUUUAACGAAAUAAUCCGCUUGGAACAAAGAUGAUAUAAAAGUCGUCAUUUAAUUCUCAUGUGUAUUGGGACACCCUGUAUGAAAACGGAAAGGCUGCUAGACGAGCUAGACAUAACCCGUAGUUUUUUAUAUCAACUGAAUGUACGUAAUAAUUGUAAUUAUUGUUUCUCUUCAACUGAUGAGACAUAAUAUUUUUCUUGCUGUUGGAUAUAUACUUUUAGCUAUAGUAUUCAUUCAAAAAUAUUAUAAAAAUUGUGCACUGUGCAGCUUUAUGCUACUUAAAAAAAACUUUUUAAUCUUUUUAAAUAGAGAUAGGAAUGGUU